AUGGCGGAUAAUCAGGGGAACACACCUCCUCAACAUCAGAGAAGAUUAUUAUCAAACAAAUCUUCAAUAUCGCAUGCAAGUAACAAUAGAUCUAUUAAUAAUUCAACUAAUAAUAGAUGGGUGCAACAACAACAGCAACAACAACAGUAUGCUGGUAUGACUACCACGUCUUUAAAUACUCAGAUUUAUAAUAAUAGAGCACAUUCGUUACAACAAUUGCAAGUUAGAGAUCCUUAUAAUAUGGGAUUUUAUCAACAACAACAGCAGCAACAGCAACAGCAGCAGCAACAACUACAAGGUCAGGGGCAAUAUGUGGAUCCUUAUAUGUAUAUGUAUUCAGCACCUACUAUGGUGAUGCCUUUGGCUCAAAGACAAAUUAAUACUUUACAGCAACAACAACAACAACAACAACAACAACAUGUUUCUUAUGGUAGAGUGAUGACAAAUGUUUCUGGUAAUAAUAUUACACGUAGAAGAAAUGCAAAAUUAUCAAAUAAUAAUAUCAAGAGAAAGAAUAAUGUUCAAAAUAAAUCAAACACAACAAUACCUUCAUCUUCUUCCAAUUCAUUGAAUAAUAACAAUAUGACUUCAAAUUAUCAAAAUAAUAAUAACAGUAAUAAUAUGAAAUAUAGAAAUGUUAAAGAAGUUGUGAAUUCUACUCAAGCUAAUGAUAUUUUAUUAAAAGAUAUUAAAAUAAUUGAUUAUUAUCACGUAGUAUUUGAAUCUAUUAAUAAUGAUCAUGUUAUUGAAUAUGAUAAUUUAUUACAAAAUUCAAAAAAUAAUAUUGAUACUACAAAUAAAGUUAAAACAAUUAUAAAUAAGAUACCCAGAAAAUCUCCUCAACAGCAAUCUCAUGGCAAUAAUAGCAGUAACAAUAAGACAGUAUUUAAAUUGAAAACACCUAUGGUGACCUUUAAAAAGAAAAAUAUUGAUAAUGAAAAUAGCACUACAACUUUAUUCAUUAAUAAAAUUCAAACUGUUUAUAAAAAUGAAAAUUCUUCUAAACAACCAUUAUUAUUAGGUGGGAAUCAAGCAUUUAAAGUUUCUUCAAUAAGUGAUUAUUCUCCAAAAUUACUUGAAACUUUCUUAAAUAAACAAGGAAUCUCAACAAAGACUGUUACUAAUUCAGCCUCAUCUGCAUCUUCGGUCUCUUCUGGGACAUCCGGCUCUACAGGAUCAUCUGCUAAUAGACCAAGACAAUUGCAGUUAAAGGCUAAUGUCUCUGCAUUAUAUAAUGACAGUUUUGAUUUAAGUUUCGAUGGUAAAGCAAUGGAUCGUAGUGAUGUCUUCCGUAUGGUGGACUCCUUCAGUGUAGCAUUUUCUGAUAAUGAUGAUAGUAAUAUUAUGAUGCAGAAUACUCAAUCUGUAAUUAUUCAAGAUAGUAAAAAUAAAAGUAAUCGGAAGGAUAAUGGAAAAACCGGUAACGAUAAUGAAGACACCGAUAAUGAGGUAAGUACUGGAAGCAUUCAAAAUGAAGAACAAGAUGAUGAUAAUAAUAUUGAAAGUACAAAAAAUGAAUCGCAAAUCAAUGGAAACGAUGAUUUGGCUGAUGCAGGCAGCAGUGAUAUUAUUGGACCGAUCGAUAAUAAUGAAUCAAGUUUCAUUGUUAAUCCAUCUGAUAAUAUCUUGCCAGCAGAAAUUACUAGCAGUGAGGCAGCUUAUUGA